CUUACAUGUGCUAUAAAUGAAGUGGUGAUGGCAACACCAAUAUCACACAGAACCCAGCAAAAUGAAUUCAGUCUUGCUGAAGAAAGAGUGAAUAUUUUCAAAGCAGCAUGGACUGACAAUAUCAACGAUAGGUUUGUCAGCAGCCACAGCUAUCUACUAAGCCAGACACUGGUACCAGUUACUUGUGAGUGCAGCAACAGCCCCAAGGUGGAGUCUGAGACUGUGGACCUUCACACAUGCAAUGAGAUCCUGCCUUUGGUUCUGAGGCCAUCUCUAGAGAGUAAUCAAAGUUAUUUAAAGUUGAUACGCCACUCAGUGGUGCAUGCCUCUUCACUGGUACCGUCUGACUUCCACACUGUCACAUAUGCAGAUGUUGCUGCUGCAGCGUGUAAUGUAAACUUCUUGCGACUUUUAUUCACAUCUUCAGAAAGGACAGUACGGGAAUUUUACACACAAUAUUACAGUUAUCAGGACAGUGCUGCCAUAGUCAAGUUGUUUAUUCAUGCUCUGAAUGGAGGAAGUUGUGAAGUUGUUGAUUUUCUGACAGAAAUAUUAGGAGAUGAGCUGACUGCCUAUUGGAAGCUAGUCAUCAUGGAAGUGUGUCUUUGGCUUGCUACUACUGAUAAAAAAAUUAAUGAAUGCUUUAAGCAUCUGGUGCAUAAAUUUGGUGUAAACCUCAAAGAUGAGUGUAACAAAUUCUCCCCUCUUCGCCUGACAUGCUUUUACUGCAGUAGUGAUAUGGCUGAGUAUUUGAUUGAGAAUGGAGCAGAUAUGUAUGUCAUAAAUUCAGAUGGGCAUGCAGUAUCAUAUGAUGCUUAUCAAUAUGGUGCCUACACAGGUCAGUGGGAUGUGAUGAAGAUGCUGCUCAAUAAGGGCCUGCCUGUUGAUGCUGUCAUGUCCAAAACAGAUUUUGUUUGCUACCCACUAAUGUAUAUCUUUAUUCAACAUAAUGAAAUGGAACUAGUUCAUUGCCUGGUGGAUCAUGGCCACAGUGUCAACAUGCCAAUUUGCUUCACUGCAGAUCGCCGAUCUCAUUCAGUCACUCCGCUUGUUCUUGCACUAACUUGCAGGCAUCAACAGCUGGUGUCUUGGCUCAUUGACAAUGAUGCUGACUGCAAUGCACACUCCUUUCACUCACAGCUACUGGAUGAUGACUCCUGGACUCCUCUGCAUGUGGCUGUUACCCAGAAUGAUUUGUCAAUGGUCAUGUCAUUAGUUAAGCAUGGUGCCCAGUUAGAUGCCCUUACUGCUAGAGGGGAGACUGUCAUUGAGCUGGCUUAUGAUCGAGGGAAAAACAUUGAUGUUGUUAACUACCUUCUUCAGAUCAGUGUUCCUGUUGUGUCAUUUCCAGAGUCAACUUUAAAAGCCACAGUCAAGGGUGUGUGCAAUUCAAACAACGUGUGGUCUCUGCUAGAUUUGGCCAUUUAUAAAGGAGACUGUAUUUUCACACAGAUAUUGCUGUCUUGUGGACAUUACCAUCACCCUCUAACUAUAUCCAGCUUCUUUGGCACACACAUCGCAUUGGAUUUGCCUUCCCAGCAGAAAGCAUUGUAUUAUGUACAUGAGGCGCAAAAGCAGGUGUGCACCUUGCAGGUCCUUUGUAGGGAUGUCUUACGUGCUGCAUGUGUCAAUCUUCUUCACUACACGCAGUCGGUUUCCAUGCCAGGUCGCUUAAAAUCUAUCUUGCUCCUUGAAGAUAUUCUUGAGCCAUACAUGUUCUAGAAAGAAAAGCAACAUGUGAUGCUGAAUUAUAACCAAAAUUAUUGGGGUAAUUUGUGUAGCGCAUUUCCCCCUAUACAAGGAAGCACAAUACACUUUAACAUGAUCCUUAAACUUGGGAUACAACUCACUUCUACUUAAACAUUCAAACAUAAUAAAAGUUUCCUUUAUCAUCUAGGGCGGUCCCUUGGCGGAAUGGUUAGCGCCUGUCACCAAUACAGUGAGGGCUGUCUGUCCUGGAUUCAUCUCUCAUCUUGACACCCUGUUUUUCCUAUGCAUGUGGCAUAUGUUUACAGAGCUGGUUGCCUUACAUGUUAUAUAGCCUUAGUUGCUGGCUCGGUGUAAAACAUCAGUUCCCGCCCCCAUCAUCUACAUCUGUCACGACGAAUUACAGAUCAGAAAUUGAUUAGACUACAUUCUGUUUUACUUUAAAGUUGUGCUAUGAAUAGGAGGAUACACAGUGCACAAAGGUGUUUAGAAAGACUCAAGAAGGUACUGUGCAUCGGGUUGUGACUGGCAAGUAACAUCACUCAAGUUCUAAAGGGAUUUUAUCGAUUCAUCUGAGAAGCACGUCGAUCUAGAGCUGUUAUUACUGUGGGAAAAUUAGUCUAUAACUUGUAUCUGACAACACUAUUUUUAUUUUUUUACAAAACCAGCACAACUGGAAACCAUAAUGUGUGAUGUAAAUGAAUGGCAGCAAUCAAGUGCAGAAACUAAUCAGAAAUACUUUCACCUGCUCUUGUUCACUGCUAUGCUUCUUCCUUAAUGUGUUGGUGCUUUUUUUUAUGGUGUUUAAUUGCCUGAACUUUCCAUACAUGUGUGUGUGCGUAGAUGCCUGUGUGUGAUUUUGGUCAGGAUUGACACAAAGUAGUGUAACAUAGUUUUAGAUGGGACAGAACUAAUACAUAUUUUAGACAAUUCUUUUAUCAUUUUUGCUUUUAUGUUUAUACCAGGAAACAGAUAUCUUCAUAUCUAAAUUAUUAAAAUUACAUGUAGUUUCACGUUCAUUGCUGGUAAAGUCAUUCAUCUGUGUGCUUGUAUUUUAUAGGUAAAAGGCAGAGAGCUGUACUGAAGCAGUGUUUUGAAUAUCAGCAAGUAUAUUUAACUUAGUAGAGCAGUGUAUGACCUACCAUUAAUUUGCUAUCCUGACAAUGACACUAACUCUCCUAUGGAAAAUAAAUUUGCUGAAAGAAGGUGCCUGUACAAUUUUAGGGUAGUCUAGGUGCUAAUAUACAAAAUAAGUUAUGCAUAAAAUAGCUUCUUAAAAAUAAAAUGCGGUAAAGUGGGCAUGAAGAAUGGACCUGACAAUCAGUAUGCAUGUACACAGACACACAAGAAUUUUGGGGAAUAAAGUGAACUCUGCAUGAUUAAAAUAAUUUAUCUGUAAUUAAGUCAAACAACGCUUUUAAUGUUACACAAAUCUUUUCUUAAAAUACACAAGAUGACUUAAAAAAGUUAUUGUAAUGAUUGGGGAGACAAUAAUUACUAGUACUUAUGACUUAACCUAUUUUUAUGGCACUGUUUCUUUUUAUUAUUAUUAUUUUCAUGUCUUUAAUAACAUUUGCUUUUAGUCUCUGUACAUUUUUUUAUUUCAUAUGUAGAUGUUAUGACUGAAAGACAUUUACAGUACCUUUAGUCAGUUUAAAUGACUGGAAGUCCAGCAAUCCACACAUUCAAUGGUGUUGCUUCAGCGGGAAAGUGUUUCCACCUAGAAGUCAUUUUGCAGGGGUGAAACUGGACAAAACCCCCGCUAGCCAACCCUACAAACAGGCGUCUCAUACAGAGAGUGUCCCGAGACAAGAUCUGAACCCAGGGCGUCUCUGCAGUGGUGAUCAGUGAAUGUUUUAACCACUUCACUAUUGGAAACCCCACUCAGUGGCAUGCUGUGGCCGUGACCACAAAUAAUCAUGGUUGUUCGUUAAAAAUGUAAGUUUGUGGCUGUGGCUAUAGAUGUUUAUGGUCUUGGCCACAGAUGUUAAUGCAGAAAUGUCAAUAUAUUUUUAAGAUGAA